GUUUAAAAUUUACUGUUCGCGAUUGGUCACCCGUUGCGAUAUAUCACUGAAAACUACAUAACGUAAACUGUAGCAAAUCGAAAUUUUAUUAGCUAAUAACAUAUACAUAUAUACCACAAUAGAAGAUCUCAGGUGUAAACUCAGACUCAUGUUUUAUACAAUUCAGAGUUCAUAUAUCAAAUAUGUACUCUUUUCUGACUUUUACCCAAAAAUAUCUUUUAAACUGUUCGUUUUUUAAUUUAUUUAUACACAAUUAGCAUAAUAGAAGUUAGAAUAAUUGGUUAUAUUUAUCAUUGUAACAAAUCGGCUAUGUGUUUAAAAAGAAAAUUUUCUAUGGAAUUACAACGGACAAUUUCUUCCACAAAAGGCUUCCAAUGUAUUCGAAAAUAUGAGAAAUUCGAAAGCCUAUCCACAAAAUAUUUUAACUCUAGCCCAAAUUUGAGCAAUAAAAAGAAACGGGGUUUAAAACAGUGUUAUCUAUAUUUUUUAAUCGAUCCUCGGAUAUCUCGUAACCUUCCAGUCAGUGCUAAAGGUCUUAAUGAACUUGAAAUCUGGCAGCAGUUCUUGAAUUCGAUUUUCUACGUAGGAAAAGCAAAAUCGACGCGCCCAUAUUCACAUUUAUAUAACGCUAUGAAAAAAUACAACAAACAGGUUACGAUUGCAGAGGAAUCUGAUGAUAAAGGCGGACUUCUAAAUCCGAUUGUAACCGACAUUCAAAUGAUUAAAUACGGUAAGGUAGAUCAUAUAGUCGAUAUUUGGAGAAAUGGGUUUGGUGUCGUUAAUCUACAUGUGUUCCACAAUAUCUUGCCAUAUGAAGCAUACACUCGAGAGGCCGCCGUCAUAGAUGCAAUAAGUCUUCCUAAUUUAACAAAUCAAUCAAGGAAAUGGACGGCGAAAGGAAGAAAAAGUCUAGGAAUAGCUUUGCUUUAUAGGGCCAUGAAAAUAUUCUUGUCUGAAGGCGAAAUUCAGUUAUAUCCUUUUGAUUUAGCUUAAUUAUAAAUUUCGACUGUAAAAAUAUAUAUUUAAAAUUUUUAACUCUAUUAAAA